UUAAUUUCUGCGAGGUUGAAUCGCAGGACGUGUUUAAACACGGACGCGCCGCAGACGCUCGUGCAGUGAAGAUGAUCGACUUCGCGCAGAUCCUCGACUCUGUCGGGGAGUUUGGGCGGUUUCAGAAGCGCUUGCUCUUGGCGGUAUGUCUCCCCAACAUCUUCACCGCUUUCCACAUGUUCAGUCAAGUCUUCACCGCCAUCAGCUUCCAACACAACUGCAAUACCGACUGGAUCUUAAAGGGGGGUCACAAUAACCUGACCGAUGAGAGACAGAGGAACAUCACCGUUCCUCUGGACAGUAAUGGACAGUAUGAGAGCUGUACGAUGUUCACACCUGUUGAUCUGGAGCUUGAUGUUAUUGAAGCUUAUGGAAUAAAUACAACAACAUCAUGUACUGACGGAUGGGUUUAUAAGGCACCAGAAGGUAGCAGCACUCUUAUAACUGAGUUUGACCUAGUGUGUGAAAAUAGGAUUUUUAAUGAGGCAUCUCAGUCUAUCUACAUGGCUGGUCUUCUUAUUGGCGCUCUACUGUUUGGGCCAAUGGCUGACAAGUAUGGCAGGCGAUUUGUUACCCUGAUUUCCUUGUUACUGCAGUUUGUGUUUGGGGUGGGAGUAGCAUUUUCCCCCAACAUUUACGUCUACAUAGCUCUCCGCUUUGGGGUGGGCACCACCAUAUCAGGGAUCUCCAUCAACACGUUUGUUUUGGGAUCUGAGUGGUGCGGUUCAGCUAAACGGCCCCUUUUUACCAUAUUGUCUCACUGCUUUGUGGCUGUUGGUCUGAUGUUGCUGUCUGGUUUGGCCUACGGGAUCCGCAAUUGGAGGAUUUUACAGCUAGUUUUGUCCGCACCAGUUGGACUUUUCGUUACUUAUUACUGGAUACUUCCAGAAUCAGCCCGAUGGCUUCUGACUCAGGGUAAACAGGACAGAGCCAAGAAGGAGAUUCUGAAAGCUGCCCAAAUCAAUGGCAGGACGGUUCCUGAAUAUCUGCUUGACAAGAUAGAGGUUCAGAACACAGCCAAAACUGGCAGCAUGCUGGACCUGUUCCGUGUUCCUUACCUGAGAAAGAGAGCUCUCAUCAUGAGUUACAUGUGGUUUGUGACAAGCCUGGUUUAUUAUGGAGUCAGUCUGAACGUGGGAAACUUUGGCCUGGACAUUUAUCUGACUCAACUCAUCUUUGGCAUUGCAGAGCUUCCAGCCCGCCUCAGCUGUUUCCCUCUGAUUCAACGCUUUGGACGUAAGAUUUCCCAGAGUGGCGUGCUGCUCCUGGGAGGCAUUGCCUGCCUUGUUAUUCCUGCUAUACCAACACAGUACCCUAUAGCCAUUACUGUGAUGGCAGUGAUCGGAAAGUUCGCCCUGGCUGCAGCCUUCACUAUAGUUUAUGUGUACACCGCUGAACUGUACCCGACGGUUGUCAGGCAAAAUGGAGUGGGACUAAACUCCAUGUGUGCACGUAUAGCUGGGAUUCUGGCUCCUCUGAUCGGCUUGUUGGAUGUGUAUCAUCCAUCCAUCCCAAUGGUCAUAUUUGGCUCUCUUCCUUUUCUGGGCGGAGCUCUGACCUUUCUGCUCCCAGAGACGCGUAACACAGAACUUCAGGACCACACUGAAGUCCCCGUGGAUGAGAGCCUGGUAACAAAGAAGGCGAUUAUUGAAAAUGGACUGAAUGAGGAACAAGAAAUGUCUUUCAAGAGCUCAAAAUUGUGAGAUUUAUUCUUGAACUAUUUAUAAAAUGGUAGGGUUGAGGCAGCAAUGUGACUGUUCACUUCGAUGUUUCAGGAAACACGUUUUUAAUAUUUUAUUGAUUAAGAUACAUUUUUAUUGUAUUUUUGUAUUUUAUCUUUAAUAUGAAACGUAGAGAAAACAAAUUGUGUAUGAAUCAUUAAACACUUGGAGAAUUCACGUCUACCAUCACACAAUGUGUUCACAUGGUUAUUGCUGUUACAGCCAAACUGAAUCUACUGGAAAGCCUUAUAUUUAACCUAAAUUAUUUAAAAGUUCAGUAAUUAAAACAACGAAACAGCCUCGUGAUUUUAAAUCAUACAUUUUGAACUAUUCAGAUAUAUUCAGACAGGUCUCAAAUAAUUUCUAUUAAAGUUCAAAAGGCAACAACAAACAUUUAAAAUUAUAUGGAAUGGUAUUGAUUUACCAAAUGUUUAUGAAAUCACCUGUAAAGUUAUUGUUAAAUCUUUACAUUUGAAUUAAAAUGAAAAGAACCACGAAAAGAAAAUCCUA